AUGCGGUCUAUAAUUCGUCGGAGACCCGGGAGGGUAUCCACACGGACUAUCAACAAGACGCCCAGAAGGUGGAAUGCUACAGAAGCUACAUAUCAACCACUACGCUCGAUCUUAAUUGCCAACAGAGGCGAGAUUGCUCUUCGUGUUGGCCGUACAGCAUCCGCUCAAGGUAUACGGACCACAACACUCUACACAGACCCAGACAGAAAUUCUCAGCAUGCGCUCAGCUCUCCGUUUGCCAUCAACCUAGGCAGCACAGACCAAUAUCUCAAUGGCGCCCAGAUAAUCGAGCUAGCCAAAGAACAUAGUAUCCAAGCUAUUCACCCUGGAUAUGGCUUCCUCAGCGAGAAUGCUGGAUUCGCGAAGGCCUGCACCGAGGCUGGAAUUAAUUUCAUUGGUCCGCCAUGGAAGGCCAUCGAAGCCAUGGGCGACAAGGCGCGGUCGAAGGAGAUUAUGAUCAAUGCUGGCGUACCUUGCAUCCCCGGCUAUCAUGGCACAGAGCAGAAUCCGAAGGAGCUGGAGAAGGAAGCUGAGCAGAUAGGCUACCCUGUCCUGCUCAAGGCUGUCAAAGGAGGCGGUGGUAAGGGCAUGAGGAUCGUGCAGAGUGCAUCUGAGUUCCAAUCUCAGCUUGACAGUGCGAAAAGUGAAGCUCGAAGUUCGUUCGGCGACGACAUCAUGCUAGUCGAGAAGUACAUUACCACGCCUCGGCAUAUCGAGGUUCAAGUCUUUGCUGAUAAGCACGGAAACUGCUUGGCUCUCGGCGAGCGAGAUUGCAGUAUACAGCGUCGCCAUCAGAAGAUCCUGGAAGAGUCGCCGGCCCCAAACCUGCCGGAAGAGAUUCGACAAGAUCUGUGGGAGAAAGCCCGACAAGCUGCACUUGCAGUAGGCUAUGAAGGUGCAGGCACUGUGGAGUUCAUCUUCGACAAUGACAGCGGCGAGUUCUUCUUCAUGGAGAUGAACACACGAUUGCAAGUCGAGCAUCCUGUAACAGAAAUGGUUACAGGCCUGGAUCUUGUGGCUUGGCAGAUCUUGGUUGCUGAAGGCAAACCACUUCCGCUCACGCAGGACGAAGUCGAAGCCCGAAUUAGGGAAAGAGGCCACGCGAUCGAAGCACGUAUUUAUGCUGAGGAUCCUAGCAUGAACUUCCUGCCCUCCACUGGCAAGCUCCUGCACCUUCGCACACCAGCAGAGUCAGAAAGUGUUCGCAUCGAUGCCGGAUUCGUGCAAGGCGAUGAAGUGUCUUCGCAUUACGAUCCAAUGAUUGCUAAACUCAUCGUCUCUUGUCAUGACCGCAAAGCUGCUUUGCAAAAGAUGGAGCAUGCAUUGGAAGAGUAUGAAAUCGCUGGCCCCAUCACAAACAUCGACUUUGUCAGGAGGGUAGUGAAGAGUGAAGACUUCAUCAAAGGGGAGGUCGAGACAGGCUACAUUGGCAAGCACAACGAGGAGCUUUUUGGCGAAGAGGUCGUGCAGCCGGAGGUGUGGAUGCAGGCUGCUGUUGGCCUGUACGAGGCCGAGCUGAGCAAGCGAAGAGCAAACCCGCCAUCAUUACCCUUGCAGACUGUUGGCUUCGGCAAUGCACCGCAGCCUCGUCAAUUCCACCUUGCGGAGCUGUCAUCAGAUCCGCAGAUUACACCCACACCUGUCUCUGUGCUCGUGCUUAAGACUGCGCCGGAAACUUACCAGCUCACGUUGGACGGCAACACACACACCAUCACAUCGACCUACUCACAAGACGACAACACUCUGCGCUCUUUCUACCGGCACUCACGAGUAGAGACACGCCUCAUCAUCUUCCCGCCGUCAAUCUCACCGAUCCCUACACAAGUCACGCUCUUCCAACACGGCCGCAUUCAUCGCCUGCAGCUCGUGCCGCCACCGUUCUUAGCCAAGGCUCUAGGACAAAAGGAUGUAGCGAACAGCGUACUGGCACCUAUGCCCUGUAAAGUCCUUCGGGUGGAGGUCGAAUCGGGGGCGGAAGUGAAGAAGGGACAAGCACUUGUUGUGGUGGAGAGUAUGAAGAUGGAGAUGGUUAUUAGAAGUCCUUCUGAUGGGAAAGUGAGUCGGGUUGUGCAUGGGGUUGGCGAGAUAUGUAAAGCUGGGACUGUUCUUGUUGAGUUUGAGGAGGGCGAGGAAGCUUAG